CAAACUUCAAAUAUCUUUGCUUUCAAAACAUGCGUUGAUUCUCUGAAGUGCAGAAUUUAAAGUAUGUUGCACUAGCUAGCGCAAACUAUUAGCUAUCUAUUUCAGUUGGUUUCUUUAGUGUCGAAAACACAUGCAGUCAGUGCAUCAUUUAUUUCAGUGGUGAACAAUUUAAACGCUAGAGACAGUGACAAUACCUAACCUACUUCUGAAACGCGGAAGUCAAGUUAUUACUCUGAGGUGAACUCAUUCAUAAGAGGUCUGGAGCUAGAAGUGGGACGGUAUUUGGGAGGCAUGAGUGGUACGGUCCGUCAGAUCAGUGUGGUGUUGGACCCAAGCAUCCCCUAUUUCCUGCGGGUGGACUGGGCCGAAGACCUGGGUGCUGGUUUCACUCUCGCCCUCAGUAACGGCAGCUCGUCCUGGAUCGGAGAAGUACCAGAGGAGGAGAUGACUGGGAAAGCCACAGAGUUGGGAGUGAAAAGGGAGAAAUAUGUGGAAGAUCUUCAUCAGGCACUGACCGGAGGAGGAGAAAGCGAAAGAGGAAGAGGAAGAGUGGCAGAAAAGGAGGAGUACCUGUUCCACCUCUCCUCUGACCACGGUUGUCUGUCGUAUGACAAGAAGACCCAGAGAGGCGUUUUGGUGAACAUGGGUGCAGUGGAGCUGCACCCUGCCCCUGUGGAUCUCAACAGGGAGAUGAUAGCCCACACUCUGGAGCACAGCGCUGACCUGGAGACAGAGAACAGACGGCUGCAGGAGAAGAAUCAGACACUCCGGCAGGAGCGGCAGCACCUCCUUGCAGAUCUGGAGAAGCAUGUCCAGGAGAUGGAGACAAUGGAGGGAGACCUGUUUUCUCGUUUCAUCAUGCUGCUUAAUGAGAAGAAGGGCAAGAUCAGGGCCCUGCAGGAGACCAUCAGACACGUCCAACAGCGGGUGGAAGAGCAGGAGAACCACCGGGUAACUGGGGUAACUGUCAAAUCCAAGGCUGGAGACAGCAUUAAGGAGGAGGAGGACCUGCCUCAGAGCUUCCACCCAUCUCAGGCACCCACCGUGCUCAUCAGAGGUGUUCUUCCAUUGGUUCUCACUUUCAUUUGUUCCACCAAGAUGGAAGCAUGGCACAUGCCAAUUCACAAAUAAAUGUAAGAAAAAAUCUCACCUAGCCCAUCAGAAGACAAGGAGAUGCUUUUACCAUAUUGAAUGUACCUAUCCUAUCAUUUCAGAUCUCCACAAGGGUAUAAGGGAUUGGGUCUAGGAGUCCAUUUGGAAUUUGGAGUAUGACUAUAAAAGGACAUUGUGUGUCAAUCAAUCAAGCACCCCAUUGGUCUGUGGAAGUGUCAUUUUGCCUUGGCCGACACCCACAGAGAGGUGCCAAGAAGCAUUCUUAACCACAGGGUUCACCUAUAGCUUUCUAGAUCACUGUGCAGUUCAGGAACACUGACAUAGCAGCUUCUACCUGUGGUAAAAUAUGAUUCAUGUGUGCUCUAUUAAGUUACAGUAGUGUGACCAACACUCUUAUUGGUCCACUCCAGCACCACGAGCACAAGCAACAGUUUGGGUGGGGUGUUCAACUGGGUUUCAUUUUUCGCCCAUUCCCUUUACUGCUCAUGAUGCCAUAGGUCAUGAUAUGAAUUACCAUGACGACAUAUAGGUC